AUGGGGAUUUACAAUGAGGAGGAUCCGCGGGGGGAGUUUAGGCGGUUUUUGGAGCUGGCGGAGGGGAGGGAGGGAUUGUUGCCGAGUUGGUGGGGGAGGAGCAAGAGGGAUGAGUGUGUGAGGGUUGCGGGAAGUGGUGGGUGGGCGGAUAUUGGGAAUGCGGUGGAGAAGAGUGAUGUCCAGGAGCAUUAUGGGGAUUCGAUGAUGCCGAUGAAGUUGAGGAUUUUGGGGGAGAAGGUUUAUGGGAGGGGGUUUAUGUAG